AUGGCGGUCCGGGCGUGCUUCGAGAAGAACAACGAGAUCGGCUGCUUCGCCAAACUCACCAACACCUACUGUUUGGUCGCCAUCGGCGGAGCGGAAAACUUUUACAGCGUCUUCGAAGGCGAGUUGUCAGAAAGCAUCCCGGUGGUCCACGCCUCCAUCGCCGGCUGUCGCAUCAUUGGGCGCAUGUGUGUGGGGAAUCGCCACGGGCUUCUGGUCCCUAACAACACCACGGACCAGGAGCUGCAGCACAUCCGCAACUGCCUCCCGUCUUCGGUCGGCAUCCAGCGAGUGGAAGAGCGUCUGUCGGCCCUGGGCAACGUCAUCGCCUGCAACGACUAUGUAGCGCUGGUCCACCCAGACUUAGACAGGGAGACAGAGGAGGUUCUGAGCGACACGCUGAAGGUGGAGGUGUUCCGCCACACUGUGGCCGAUCACGUGCUGGUGGGCUCGUACUGCGCCUUCAGCAACCGGGGCGGCCUGGUACACCCCAAGACGUCGGUGGAGGACCAGGAUGAGCUCUCGUCGCUGCUGCAGGUCCCCUUGGUGACUGGCACGGUUAACCGGGGUAGCGAGGUGAUCGCGGCAGGCCUGGCAGUCAAUGACUGGUGCGCCUUUUGCGGACUAGACACCACCAGCACAGAGAUGUCCGUCAUUGAAAGCGUGUUUGGGCUCGGGGAUCAAGCGCGGCCUGCCGACAUCACCACCGCCAUGAGGGAUUCACUCAUUGACAGGUCGCGCACGUGCUAUCGCCACCUCGCUAACGGUAAACCGCAAGUGACCUCGCUCUUGUGCUUGUGUUUAGCAUGGCCUAAGAUGACGACACCGUGGACGAUCGAUGAGAUGCUCCCCACACCCAAACCCAGAAGCAACGUGGCCCGGGAAGAUAUGUCGUCUCGGGAUACCAAGGCUGGGUUGCACGAUGCCGUCUCAUCCGCUGUUUUAAAGGUUAUUGACCUGACUUUGGAUUGUGAGAAAAAUGUCUCGCCUGACCUGUUUUCACGUCCUUUUUUCACGCGCCUCCAAACUGUCAAGACUCCUCCCGAGGCUUUUUAA